AUGAACGCUUUACACAAAAGAUGCAAAGGGUGUAAUUAUAUCCCCCUUGGUUGGAAGUGCUUCAUUCACUUGUAUCCGCUCUCAGAAGCCGGUUACACCAUCGGGGGUGUGUGCAUACUGGGGCACAUGCCUCCAUUUUGUUCUGUUUGUUGCGACCACCGUCAGCGUAGUAAUACAUAUCACAUCUUUUGUUUCUUCGCUGCUGUUGCCAAGAGGAUAUCGGAGGGAAAGUGUGCCACAGAGCACGCGAACUGCCUGCCGUAUGUAGUUUUACGUGUGGCGGAAUGCUGGGAGAGAGGAUACGAUGCGCCGAAAAGGGAAAAGUACGCACACUGUGGUGCCCUGAAAGGCUUGAGAGAAGUGGCUGUUACUGUUUAUUAG